AUGAAUAUAAUAAAAUCAAAUAAAAAGAUUAAAAAGAAUAAAAUUAAUAAUGAAAAUUUAGAUAAUAGUAAAUUAUUUUUUAAAGUAUGGAGAAAUUCAUAUAUAAGAUAUCAAAUUUUUCAACAUUUAAGAUUAUAUAAUAUUCAUAAGAAUCAAAUAUCAUUAACAAAUGAACAAUUAGAAGAAUAUAAAUAUUUAAAUUAUUGUAGAUCAAUUUAUUUAGUUGGUGAUAAAAUUGAUAGUUCAUUUUUAAAGGAUAAAUUACCAGAUAGUGUUGAAUGUUUAUCAUUUGUUUAUUAUUUCAACCAACCGAUAUUAAAUAGAAUCGAUUUCAAUUACAAUUCAAAUUAUCAUUGUAAUUUGAAAUCGAUAACCUUUGGAUACGACUUUAAUCAAGAAAUUAAAGAGACUGCACUACCAAGAUCAUUAGAGUCUUUAAAAUUUGGUAGAUUAUUCAAUCAGGAGUUGACCGAAACUACAUUUAAAAAUCAAAUUAAUUUAAAAUCAAUAGAAUUUGGUGCAAAGUUUAAUAAUAAAGGUAAACCAAUAAAGGUUGGAGUAUUUCCAAAAUCCAUUGAAUCUUUAAAGUUUGGUUUUCAUUUUAAUUCAUUCUUUGAUGCGCAUUCAUUACCUAAUGGUUUAAAAUUAAUUGAAUUGGGUUCAAAUUAUUAUCAAGAUUUAAAUCAAGAGGAUAUAUUACCACGUUCACUUACAAGUCUAUCAUUAUCAAAUGAAUAUAAAAUUCCAAUCACUUUAAAAACAAUUAAAUCAUUACCAAACUUAAUGCAUUUAGAUUAUCCAGGUUUCAUUUUACCAUUUGGUUCGAAUGAUGAAGUUUUACCAUCUUUAAAAUCACUUCGUAGUUUUAUUGAAUGGAAUGAUGAUGAUGAUGAUGGUGAUGUUGGUGAUGGUGGUGGUGGUGGUGGUGGUGGUAGUAGUAACUCAAAAUUACCAAGUUCUUUAAAUAAAUUAACAAUAUGUGGUACAAAUAAAAUUUUUAAAAAUAUUUCAAUACCAAUUGGUUUAAAGGAAAUUUAUAUUAAAUCCUUAUUAACAUUUGAUUCAUUUCAUAAUGGUAAAGAUAAUGGUGAUGUUGACAUUUCAGAUUUACAGUUAGAGAAAAUGACAAUUGAUAUUCAAAGAGUGUUUGCAGAAGAUAUAAAACUUGGUUUACCAAAAUUCUCAAUACCAACAUUUAAAAAAUUGGAAAUUCUUUAUUUAAAUAGUGAAUUCACUCAAGAUAUCUUUCCAUCCACUAUUACUUCAUUAACAUUGGAUACCUAUAAUAUGGUUUUUAAUUCAUACUCUCUACCUAAAUCAUUAAAACAUUUGAAAUUACCAAAUUAUAAUCAACCAUUCACCAAUAUUGAUUCAUUUCCAUGGAGAACUUUAGAGGAAUUAGAAUUUGGUAUGCCAUUUUUUCAAUCAUUCCCACCAUCGAUAUCUUUUAAAAAUUUAAAAUCUUUAACUAUUGGUAUUGAUUGUUUUAUGUCAUUCUCAAAAAAUUCAACCGUUGAUACUUUGUUCCCAGUUUUAGAAUCAAUUGUUUUUAUAAUUCCUCAAGAACUUAAAUAUAUAAUUUCAACCGAUUGUUUCUUCCAAUUAUUACCUAUUUCUAUAAAGCAUUUAAAACUUGGAAAGUAUGGAUUCGAUAAACCAUUCAAUGAUGAAUCAAUCAUUUGGCCACCUAAAUUAACAACUAUUUCAAUACCUAACAGAAUAAUUCAUUUAAUUUUUGACAAAAACUUUUCAUUACCACAUCAAUUAAAAAGUUUAGUUUGUGACAGGCUAUCUGCUGUUGAUGAAUUUUAUUUUAAAAUUAUAAAAGUUUGUCCAGAAAUAAAAUUUUAUUAA